GAAAAUGGUCAAAGCUAGAAAAUACGUUGUCAAACAACACUUUGUGGGUGCACCUAAACGUGAUGAUUACGAAAUAGUCGAGAGUGAUUUACCGCCGAUACAGAAUGGUGAAAUUUUAGUUAAAACCGAAUGGGUCAGUGUAGAUCCAUACAUAAGAGCGUAUACCUCACGGUUUCCUGUGCCAUUUGAUCAGUUUUCAUUUCAAGUUGGAUUGGUGGAAGAAUCGAAGGACCCGCGGUAUCCGGUUGGCACAAGAGUUAUGUCACACAAGGGCUGGUGUGACUAUAGUAUCAUAAAUGCUAACGUGGCUAAUUCUCCAUUUGAUAUGCUAUACAAGUUGCCAGAUUUCAAAGGAUUAUCGAGUUCAUUAGGUGUUGGAGCUUUGGGAAUGCCAGGUGCGACAGCUUACUUUGGAUUUCUAGAAAUAUGUCAACCUAAACCUGGUGAGACCGUCGUCGUAACUGGUGCUGCAGGAGCCGUAGGUUCUCUAGUGGGACAAAUCGCUAAGAUAAAAGGUUGUCGAGUGAUCGGCUUUGCAGGCUCCGACGACAAAGUUAACUGGUUGGAAAAGGACCUUGGAUUUGAUAAAGCGUUCAAUUACAAAACUGUUGAUGUACAAAAGGUUCUCAAGGACGCUGCGCCCAAAGGCAUUGAUUGUUACUUUGAUAAUGUUGGAGGUGAAAUAAGUAGCAUUAUUAUAAGCCAAAUGAAUGACUUUGGCAGGGUAUCAGUAUGCGGAAGUAUUAGUUCUUACAAUGAUGACUUAACUAACCUACCGAAGGCUACUAUAUUACAAGUAGCAAUAGUGAUGAAGCAAUUGAAAGUAGAAGGUUUCUUAGUAUCACGAUGGCGAGACCGUUGGCCAGAAGCAUUUGCGGAUAUAUCGAAGUGGAUCAAGUCAGGGAAUUUGAAGACAAGAGAGCACAUAACUGAGGGCUUUGAAAACAUUUUUGAUGCGUUUUUGGGAAUGUUGAAUGGCGACAACACCGGGAAAGCCGUUGUAAAAGUAUAAUUAGUGUAAAAAAAGUGUUAGAAUUUUAAUAAAUAUUUCAUU